AUGGCUCCAUUACAAGUUCAUUUUCAAGUUGAUACAGUGGACCUGAACAAGCUGAAAGACGAUGAGAAAGACCUGCAACAUCAAAAACUAGCCACCAUUGCUCAGUGUAAAAAUGAAAUAUACCAACAAUUAGAAAGAAUUAAUACGUCUUUUUCUUGUACAUGUACACCCAGUAAAGUGGCCAGUUUGUCAGAUUACACUUCAAGUGAAGGUACCAAAGAUGAUGAAGGACAGUCUUUUUUUGCUGGAGGAUCAGAACACAGUGGUCAACUGAUAUCUGGUCCUCCAAGGAAAAAGAAAGAUUUAGCAAAGGACGUGUUUGAUGCAGCUAAAAAACAAGGAGCUGUUCCUGUUGAAGACAUGGAGAAGUUGAGAGAGAAUGAUCGUAAAUUCACAGGAACAGGGUUUAGGUUAGGCGAUACAGAAGGACCCAGUGAUUAUGUUCCUGGUAUAAGAGUGACUAUUGGUAAAGAAAAGGUCACUAAGAAACUUGUGUUUUGGAGGAAUGGUUUCACUGUUGAUGAUGGACCAUUAAGGACUGGUCAGACUCCUCAAGAUAGACAAUUUUUAGAAUCUGUCAGUAAAGGGUGUAUUACACCAAAUUUGAUUGAUGCAUCAGUUCCUCCAGUAGCUGCUUCAUCCUCUACUGGUACUUCCUCUAUGGUUGUUGUUGAUCAUACAAAACCAGUUACUUCUGUACAAAUACGAUUAGCAGAUGGACAAAGAUUAGUUGGCAAAUUCAAUCACACUCACACUGUUGCUGAUAUCAGGCAGUUCAUUACAGAUUCACAUCCUGAAAUGAAGAAUAAAAAUUUUGUUCUCCUCACAACAUUUCCUAAUAGAACACUAAGUGAAGUCUCACUCUCUCUAGCUGAAGCAAAUCUACUUAAUGCUGUUGUGGUCCAAAGGUUCACUUAAUUAUAAACUAUUACUCAACUUUAAACUUAUUAUUAUUACCAUUAUUAUUAAAACAAAGUUAAUUUCUAAUGUUCUUGAUUAAGUGUUGCAGUUAGUAGUUUUUUCCUAA